AUGAAGCCCCAGACCCUGGGAUUAGCUAAGGACGCCUGGGAAAUAGUGCGGGAAUCCAUCAGCCUCGACAAGAAACUCGGCAUGGGAUGUUUCGGAGACGUGUGGAUGGGCACGUGGAACGGCACCACCAAGGUGGCGGUGAAGACGCUGAAGCCGGGCACCAUGUCGCCCGAGGCCUUCCUGGAGGAGGCUCAGAUCAUGAAGCGGCUGCGGCACGACAAGCUGGUGCAGCUCUACGCCGUGGUGUCGGAGGAGCCCAUCUACAUCGUCACCGAGUUCAUGAGCCAGGGUGAGCGGUGGGCACUGCCCGGGGAACCCCCCAGCUUUUCUACCUUCAGCUCUUCUGCAAACCUCACCCUGCCUGGGCAUGCCCAGAUCGCGGCGGGCAUGGCCUACAUCGAGCGGAUGAACUACAUCCACCGGGACCUCCGCGCUGCCAACAUCCUGGUGGGAGACAACCUGGUGUGCAAGAUCGCCGACUUUGGCCUCGCUCGCCUCAUCGAGGACAACGAAUACACGGCACGCCAGGGUGCCAAGUUCCCCAUCAAGUGGACGGCCCCGGAGGCUGCGCUCUUUGGGAAGUUCACCAUCAAGUCAGAUGUCUGGUCCUUCGGCAUCCUCCUGACCGAGCUGGUGACCAAAGGCCGGGUGCCCUACCCAGGGAUGAACAACCGGGAGGUGCUGGAGCAGGUGGAGCGGGGAUACCGCAUGCAGUGCCCGGGCAACUGCCCUGCCUCCCUGCACGAGGUGAUGGUGCAGUGCUGGAAGCGGGAGCCCGAGGAGCGGCCCACCUUCGAGUACCUCCAGUCCUUCCUUGAGGACUACUUCACU